AUGAAACCUUCAAAGAAAAAAAAUACAUACAUCCGAAACGGAAUUAUUUAUCGUGGUGAUGAAGCCAUUUAUGCCAAAGAAGUAUCAAAAGCUGAGAAGCAAGUAAAUGAUUUAAAAGUUGUACUUGAAAAUAUUGCAGCCGAUUCUAAUAGUCAUAGUGAUCCUAAUGGCCCUAAUGACAUACCAACAUUUUCAGCUUGCAACGGUGAAAAGGAUGGUCUUGAGAACCUUACGGAUGGAGGCUGCGAUCAUAAAACUAUAGGCAAAAAAUCAAUUUUAUCAGAAAAAAGUAAAAACUUAAUUAAAGGAAACGAAAUUCAUGCCCAAGUUGCUAAUCUGACUAUUUGCGGAAAUGUACUAGGAAACAAGAAAAAAGUGAAUAUUAGUCACGAUAAUUUUACUAAGGUUAAUGGUGAAGUACAAAAAGUCGAAAUGACGGCUUUUGAUUUAGAUAACAGUAGAAAUGUUAUCGGAACAAAUAAUGAUGUGAAAAUUAAUGACCAAAAUAAAAGUAUUGUUAAUUUCUCACAUAGAAAUAUUCAAGCUAGUGUAGUAAAUCAGGUUGCUCACGAUAAUGUAGUCGGUUCCUAUAACAAGGUAGAUAGUGAACGUAUAAAUAUGAAUUUGAUCAACAGCAGAGUAGGAAAUAUAAAUAUGACAGGCGCUGAUUUGAGUGCUUCCAAAAAUGUGAUUGGGGAUUUCAACAGAGUAUCCAAUCUUGAAGCAAGUUUAACCGGGAUUAACAUAAAACGUGACAUUGUCAAUAUUACGGGAGCUAGUGCAAGUAGUAAAGAGAAUGUUAUUGGGAAUUUCAACAGAGUAUCCAAUCUUGAAGCAAGUUUAACCGGGAUUAACAUAGAACGUGACAUUGUCAAUAUUACGGGAGCUAGUGCAAGUUGUAAAGAGAAUGUUAUUGGCAAUGGGAAUAUAGUUACUUCUGCACGUGCAAAAGCAACACUUGUCAACUAUCAAGAGAAUAUCACCAAUAUACCUGUAGAGGGUCCUGAUGUUUCCAUGAAGAAAAACAAUAUAGGAAGAAAUCUCAAACUGGACGGUCAAGCAAAAUUUACUGGAAUCAAUAUUCAAAAAAGAAAUGUCGAUGUUAGAAAGAACAAGGAUGAUAAAAUAAAGCUUA